AUGUCCGCUCAUCCAACUCGGGUGUUCUACUUCAUUAUCUUGCUUGCAGCUGGCGUCUUCAGCACAGCACCAUAUUGUAUCCCAGAACAGGAAUGCUUCCCUUCACGCAGUUCCCUAGAAACCUUCAAUGAUACCGUAUCUGGGCGCCUAAGGCAGCUAGCGCCGUAUGCAUCCGUCUGCUACGGGGACGAUUGGGACAUGGAUGCCUGUCAUCGUCUCUUCCACAACGCCAGCUCAGGUUCCUUUCGGGUUCAGAAACCCAAUGCAUUGAUGUUCACCAACUGGGAGGUCGACGAUGGUGAGGGCUGUCCUCAACCCUACAGCCUACGUGAUACGCCUCUCGUGGGAAACUGCUCGUUAGGGGCGCUCCCCGCUUACGAGGUGCUUGCGACUAGUACCGUGGAUGUCAGUGCAGCCGUAAAAUUUGCCGCAAAAUAUAACUUACGUUUGCGGAUCAAGAAUACCGGGCAUGAUUACCUUGGCCGUUCCUCAGCACCAGGAUCCUUCACGAUCUGGACACAUCAGCUAAAAAGCGCGGCUCAUAUACCGUCCUUUGUACCCGCAGGAUGCUCCAGGUCUACGAAACCAGUCGACGCUCUGCUUGUGGGAUCGGGAAUGGAAGUGCUUGAUCUGUGGACCGCCGCAGAUCAAUACAGCGUCACUACAAUCGGAGGUUUCACCGCGACAGUCGGUGCCGCCGGAGGGUUUAUUCUGGGAGGUGGUGCUGGGCCCUUGAGUAGGCUGUACGGCCUGGGCGUUGAUAACGUUUUGCAAUAUACCGUCGUCACAGCGGACGGCGCGAUUAAGACGGCGAACGCGUGUACGAACAAGGAGCUGUUCUGGGCUUUACGCGGAGGGGGAGGGGCAUUCGGAGUCGCGAUCGAUGUGGUCUUGAAGGCGUGGCCAGCGUUUCACGCCGUGAAUGCCGUGCAUACUACAUUUGUGGCGAACUCUACAUCGUCAUACACCGAGUUCAUGAGUACGUGGUUAAGCAUGCAGACGGACCUAGCAGACGCAGGAUUAGCUGGAAUAUCCGAGGCGGCAUAUCCAGGAGGCUUGCUCCUCUAUGUCCAACCUUUCGUCAACAGUUCGGUGAAGGACAUCAACGAGACCCUGGGGCUCUUUCAGCGCUUGAACGAUAUUCCCGGAGUGGAACUCAACCUUGAGGGCGCAUCCUUUAAGACCUGGUUGGAGACAUACACACAGGUGGUCGAGCCCACAGUCGCAGGAAGCGACGCGGUUGGGGUGAAUCUCAUCGUCGGCGAUCGCCUUCUCAUGCGGGACACAUUUACGAAUAGCAGCUCCGUGGGCGCUCUUGCAGCCUAUAUCACCAACAUGACUACUCCUGUUAUCUUCCAAGCUGUGGGCGGCGGCAUGAUGAGCUCCCUCGACCCUGAUUCACGGCAUACAUCGUCGCAUCCUGGUUGGAGGAAAGCGCUCCUUCACGCAAAUUUCCCCGUGUUCGACCUCACCCAGCCCAUACUCACGUCGCAACAGAACAAUACACUGAAGCAGAUCCUAGAGGACAUCGACGAAAUCAUAUAUCCCGAUGAAGAUCCUGUUGCGUACUACAACGAGGACUGGACCGGCGAGACGGACUGGCAAACUAGGUCUUUCGGAAAGAAGAAUUAUGAACGACUUCUGGCUAUAAAAAAACAGGUGGAUCCCUUUGGCGUCUUUACUUGUACCAACUGCGUUGGCAGCGAAAUAUUCGGCGCCUGA